UGACAAGACCAGCGUUUCUGCUGAACAGGAAAUGAUCAGUGAAUCCUUUUCACGGUCAAGGAAUGGUCUCUCUUCAGGUUCACAGACUUGCAGUGUGUAUCUCGGUGCCAUUCCCUAUUUGCUCCUCUGCUGCAGGCAGAGCUGCCGUUGGUAAAUCCUCAGUAACUGCUGACCGGACUGGCCUUCUCUCAAUGGAUAUGAGAAACCCCCUGUCCCCCGUGCUCUACGACACCCUACUUCAGAUACAAACCACGGCACUGUAUUCUUCUUGAUAAGCACCGAUCCCCAGAUCGUAUCACGUCUCGGACCGACCAAGUCAGCUCAACAGAGGACGCCUUUACAACGGCUUUUCGCUUCUGGAUGCCACUGACAAGCCCAAAAAAACCUAAUAGCCCAAGAUGGUGUCCUUCAGCCAGAUGCAAUCGUCUAAUACACGCAUCAUAGAGGUGUUGCCUGCAGGUCUCGUAGCUGUGUUUGUCGGCGGGACGAGUGGCAUAGGGGAGACAACCAUGAAGCAGCUCGCCAAGAACACCGUCGAGCCUCGCAUCUACUUCGUGGGCCGGUCUAGAGAGGCUGCCACUCGAAUCGUGGCCGAACUUCACGACCUAAACCCAGCAGGGGAAUACCACUUCAUCCAGGCCGAUGUAUCGCUUCUGCACGCCGUGGACUGGGUCUGUCGUGAGAUACAGGCCAGGGAGUCCGUCGUCAAUCUUUUGUUUCUAACGCCAGGGGCCGUGUUGACGAGCCAGGGUAGCGAUACGAUCGAGUCUUUGUACUACCCCACGGCAGUGACCUAUUACUCCCGGAUUAGGUUUAUCGUAAACCUACUCCCACUUUUUCAGAAAGCCUCCCAUCUCCGGAGAGUCGUCACUGUGUUUGGCGCCGGCAAGGAGAGCCUUCUAGAUGGCGAUGACUUCCCCCUGUUUCCAGGGAGGUACCACCAGGCCGGGCCCUUGCAAACGACAGACCACGGCAGCCUCAGCACAAUGAUGACACUGGCACUGGAAUCUCUGGCCCUGGAAGCGCCCAACGUCAGCUUUGUCCAUUCCUUUCCCGGCUUUGUCAAAGGUUCGUCUAGCAACAGCAGUCCCAAGACCGGCGGAGUCAUCCGCGCUGUAUUCAAAGUCGUCGGAGCGCUCCCUCUUUUCGAAGCUGGGGAGAGGCAUCUAUUCUUGGCCACAAGCGCACGAUUUCCGGCAAGAGACGGGGUACAUUCGAGGAUACCGACAGCGGGCGUCGGGCUCGGAAAAGGGGGUUCGGUCGCUAAAGGGACUGACGCGAGGGACGGUAGCGGGGUCUAUUCUGUUAAUUUCGAUGGGGAGUCAGUGGCGUUCAAGGUGCAGGAUACACUUCAGCAGCUGAGAGACAGAGAUAUGGUCAGAAGAGUGUGGCAACAUACGAUCAAGGAGUUUACCAGGGUCACCGGGUCAGCAUUCGUGUAGUUGCUCCCGUGGAUUACCAAUACCCACCACGCAACCUGGAAGGGGUGGGGAUGGGACUCCAAGGCACAGGCGAGACUAUCAUGUUCCACCGGGCCCCUGUUGCAGCCUUCACCCAGCUCAAGCUGGCACUUGAAAACAGGAGAAUACUGGAAGGGAAACAAGGGUUGGAAUAUGGGUUAGAGAUUCCCGAGUUUUUAUAUGUUUGUAAUUCGAAGCCAGAGACGAGAACCAUUCUUUUGGGCGGUGUUUAAAUGUUACCUCACAUGUACCUUGGCAA